AUGACCACAAAACGGCCCGGUGGGACCUCCUUCCAGCCAGAAGUGAAGCGAAAACGCGAGAGUGACGAGCAUGAAGAGUUCUACGUGGUACGUUGCUCAUUUAAGUGCAUUAAAAUGAUUAUAACCUCUCUUUAGCCGAAAUUCGAGAAAGAUCUGCCUGCUAAACCCGUCAUCGACAAGAAAAGUUGGGCGAGACCGGCAGUUGAUAAGCAACUCGGAGUCACCAAGAGCAUUGCCUGUCAAGUCAGAUUUUCCGUUCAUAAGCCCUUGAAAACCGCCAUUCUUCAGGUGCUCGAGGUGGAGACGUACCACGAAGAUGGCUCUGCAACAACUUACGACAGAACGAAUGUGAAAUUGUACGGAGUGACGAAGGCUGGAAACUCGAUUUGCGUCAUCGUCACUGACUAUUUCCCUCACUUCUACUUCCAGGUGCGUCUUCACGAAACUCUUUUCAAUUAACCCAUAAUCUUCUUAUAGGCACCAGCUGGAUUCGGAGUCGAACACAUUGGCACCGCACAAACCGCCAUCUGUAAUCUCGUGGCUUCUGCGAGACGUCGCGGUGGUGGCGGACAAGCGCAAGCGCCCGGAAUGGUUAUGGACAAUCUCGUGCACGUGGAAUUGGUGCGCGGAGAGAAUCUCUAUUACUACAGAGGAGCCAGCACAAAAGUGCCGUUCGUUAAAGUGUCCGGCUCGACCGAAGCUCUGCAAAAAGCAAAGGUGGAACUGAAAAAUGGAGUAAAUCUUAUGGGCAAAGGCCCUGUAAACGUGGGAAACUUGUACGAAUCGAACAUCAAUGCGGUCGUCAUGUUCCUUGCGAGAACUGGAAUUGUUGGAUGCGGAUGGAUUGAGGUUGAAUUUCUAAUGAUUUACAAAUUUCACCUCCGUUUUAUUCCAGAUUCCAGCUGGAAAGUGUCACAUUUUCUCAGACUCGAUGAAGUCUUCUCGCUGCCAAAUUGAAAUUUCCGUGUCCGUCAAAAAUCUUAUUAUUCAUCAAAGUGACGGAGAAUGGGCGGAUAUUGCUCCGAUUCGGUAGACAAUGAAAUCAAAUAUCAAUUCAACUUUUCAAUGUUCGAUUUCAGAACGCUUUCACUGGAUAUCGAAUGCAUCGGAAGACGUGGAGUGUUUCCGGAAGCCCAAAAAGAUCCCAUUAUUCAAAUUGCGAAUCUCGUUAAAGUUGAAGGCGAAUCCGAGCCGUUUGUCCGCAAUUGCUUCGUCCUCGGAACCUGUGCUCACGUUGUUGGCUCUGACAUUUAUCAGUGUGUCAACGAGAAAGUUCUUCUGGAAAAGUGGGCGGAGUUCGUUCGAGAAGUCGACCCGGAUAUCAUCACCGGCUACAACAUUCUGAACUUUGAUCUUCCGUACAUCUUGGAUCGUGCAAAAGUGCUCUCUCUUCCGGAAGUCUCUCACUUGGGACGCCAGCGUAACAAGGGAUCCGUCGUGAGGGACGCAGUGCUCUCUUCGAAGCAAAUGGGAAGUCGCGUGAACAAAAGCAUUGACAUCCACGGACGAAUUAUCUUCGACGUGCUCCAAGUGGUGCUCCGCGACUACAAACUCCGCAGCUACACCCUCAACAGUGUCUCGUAUCAGUUUCUCUCCGAACAAAAAGAAGACGUCGAGCACAACAUCAUUCCGGAUCUGCAAAGAGGAGAUGAGCAAACGAGACGGCGUCUAGCUCAGUAUUGUCUCAAAGACGCCUAUCUUCCGCUUCGACUACUCGACAAGCUCAUGUCGGUCAUUAAUUACAUUGAAAUGGCGAGAGUCACGGGCGUUCCGAUGAACUUCCUUCUAACGAAAGGACAACAAAUCAAGAUUUUGUCAAUGAUGCUCCGCCGAUGCAAAGAGCACAACUACUUUCUGCCUGUGAUUGAAGCGUCCGGUGGGGACGGAGAGAGUUACGAAGGAGCCACGGUCAUCGAUCCGAUUCGUGGAUUUUAUAACGAGCCGAUUGCCACUCUCGAUUUCGCCUCCCUUUACCCUUCAAUCAUGAUCGCCCAUAAUCUCUGCUACACGACUCUUUUAAAGGCGCCACAGGGAGUGGAGAACGAGGACUACAUCCGCACUCCGUCUGGCCAGUUUUUCGCCACAACGAAGCAGAGAAGAGGACUUUUGCCGGAAAUUCUGGACGAUCUUUUGACGGCGAGAAAACGAGCGAAAAACGACAUGAAGAAUGAAAAGGACGAGUUCAAACGAAUGGUUUACAACGGAAGACAGCUGGCUCUGAAAAUCUCUGCCAACUCGGUCUAUGGAUUCACAGGAGCCACCGUCGGAAAGCUGCCGUGCCUCGAGAUCUCGCAGUCCGUCACUGCAUUCGGAAGAAAAAUGAUCGACAUGACAAAGUCGGAAGUUGAAAGGAUCUACAAGAAAGGUGCUCUCGAUGGAAAGUGCCCGGCCGAUGCGAAGGUCAUCUAUGGAGAUACCGACUCUGUGAUGAUCAAGUUCGGAGUGGCUACAGUCGCGCAAGCUAUGGAGAUCGGCCUGAAUGCCGCUCAGGAAGUAAGCAAGAUCUUCACUCCGCCCAUCAAGUUGGAGUUCGAGAAGGUCUACUUUCCAUAUCUCCUCAUCAACAAGAAACGCUACGCCGGACUCUACUUCACCAAACCAGAUGUGCACGAUAAAAUGGACUGCAAAGGACUGGAAACGGUCCGCAGAGACAACUGUCCGUUGGUUGCAAAAGUGCUCGGAGUGUGUUUGGAAAGGCUGCUCAUCGACAGAGAUCAGCAGUCGGCUCUCGAUUUUGCUAAAAGAACCAUCAGUGAUCUUUUGUGCAACAAGAUCGAUAUUUCACUUUUAAUCAUCAGUAAGGAACUGACGAAGGCUGGAGACGUGAGUGUCAUUCCUACUUUUCCAGUGCUAAUAAGUUAACGUUCAGAAGUACCAUGCGAAGCAGGCACACGUGGAGCUGGCUGCUCGAAUGAAAAAGAGAGACGCCGGAAGUGCUCCGAGACUCGGAGACCGUGUUCCGUACGUCUUUGUGGCUGCAGCCAAGAACGUGCCCGCUUACGAUCGAGCCGAGGAUCCGACCUUCGUGCUCCAAAAUAACAUCCCACUCGACACUAAACACUAUCUGACUAACCAACUCGCAAAGCCACUCGCCAGAAUCUUUGAACCGAUCCUCGGAGAUCGCGCCGAGAAGAUUCUCGUGGAAGGAGAGCACACGAGAGUGCGCACUGUUGUGCAGAGCAAGGUUGGCGGACUGGCCGCAUUCACGAAAAAGUCGGCGACCUGUCUCGGGUGCAAGAGUGUUCUGCCGAAAAUGGAAUCGGAGAACGCGGUUUGCAAGCACUGCGAGCCGAAACUUCCGGAAAUCUACGCAGCGAGGUGAGGAAUGAUUGAUUUAAGGGCUUCCGAAUACAAUUAUUUUACAGAUUGACGACAAUGCACGAAUUGGAAAACCAUUUCGGCCGCCUGUGGACCGAAUGUCAGAACUGUGCGAAGACAAUGCAAGACAAAGUGAACUGUUCGGCUCGAGAUUGUCCAAUUUAUUACAUGCGUGAGAAGGUGCGCAACGAAUUGACGGAGGCAAGCGCCGUGAUCGAGCGAUUCGGAGAUCCGUGCUUCUCCGCUCCUCUCAAAUAACCCGAUUACUCGGUGGUUUAGAUUGAUUGAUCCCCGUUUUAUUGUGAAUGAUUCUCCCCCACUAUCAAUCUCACUUUUCUAAUACUGGUCUUUAUAAACUUCUUUUCGCUUGUUUCUAAUAGUUUAAACAUAUAUACUGAAGGCGAAUUUCGCUCUUGAUACAUCUCCAUCACAUGCUCUUCUUUCUUUUGAAAAUAAGCUUCAGAUGAUCAUAAGGAAGUCGAUAUUCUUCUUAACACUAAUCACAAUACUCCAUGCAGCCAGCGAGAAGAGUCAAUUCAAGCCGGCAGUCAUUGAGAAUUACCGAGAGAAGGUCCGUCGCAUGUUCUACCACGCCUACGACGGAUAUCUGAACCACGCGUUUCCACUGGACGAGCUGAAGCCGAUCACGUGCGUCGGCCAGGACACGUGGGGAUCCUUCUCUCUUUCGCUCGUCGACGCGCUCGACACUCUGCUCGUGAUGGGCAACACGACAGAAUUCAGGCGGGCUGUGGCCCUUGUGCUCGAGAAAGUGCGCGACGAUGCAAAUGUGAACGUUUCGGUGUUUGAAACGAACAUUCGAGUGGUCGGCGGACUCAUUUCAGCUCAUACGCUAGCUGGAAGGCACAAAGGUUUGUUCAAACACAAAGAAAAGAUUUUAAAGAGGAGCAAUUUAGAUAUUGUGGCCGACUGGAAGGGAUGGCCGUGCGACGGACCUCUUCUAAAGUUAGCGGUCCGAAUGGCCGACCGGCUCAUGCCCGCAUUCAACACAGACACGGGAAUGCCAUAUGGAACGGUGAACCUGAAGUACGGGGUGCACAAGGACGAGACUCCGAUCACUUGCACGGCCGGAGUCGGCACUUUUAUCAUCGGUAAGACUUGCUUCCGAGCACAAUCUACGCUCACUCUCAUAGACUCCUGCUUUCAGAAUUCGGAACACUCUCCCGUCUGACCGGCGAUGAUAAGUACGAGAAGGUGGCGUUGAAGGCUCUGGAUGCCCUCUGGGCGACUCGUUCUCCAAUCGGACUCGUCGGCAAUCAUAUCAAUGUUCAGACAGGCCAGUGGACGGCCACGGACUCGGGAAUUGGCGCGGGCGUCGACAGUUACUUCGAGUACCUCGCGAAAGGAGCGUUUCUGUUCAAAAGACCGAGUCUCAUGAAACAGUUUCAAGAGCACGCGACAGCAAUCAAUAGAUACGUCCGGAAAGAGGACUGGUUCAUGUGGGUCUCGAUGGCCAAAGGAGCCGUCUCCCUUCCCAUCUUCCAGUCGCUCGAAGCCUUCUGGCCGGGGACCUUGACGAUGGUUGGAGACGUGCAAGACGCCUCCCGGAUCAUGCUGACCUACUCGGAAGUCAUCAGAAAAUACGGAUUCCCGCCCGAAUUCUACAAUAUUCACAACGAAGAGCCUGCAGAUAAACGAUCCGCGUUUCCGCUCCGUCCCGAAAUGGCCGAAUCGCUGAUGUAUCUAUAUAGAGCGACGAAAGAUGAGCUGUGGCUUGAACUGGGAGCAGAGAUGGUUGAUGUUAGUCGUAGGGAUCCUUUGUGAUUCGUAUAAUUCUGUGGAUUUCAGGCGAUCGAAGCAUCGGCACGUACGAAAUGUGGAUACGCCACGAUCAACAACGUGAAAGAGCACAAUAUCGAGGAUCAAUGGAAUCGUUCUUCCUCGCUGAGACCACAAAAUAUCUGUAUCUGCUGUUCGAUCCGGACAACUUUAUUCACUCAAAAGGCGACAGUGCACGCAUUCUCACAAGUUCCAGGAACCUUACUUGUGUUCUUUUCGGCGGCGGAUACAUUUUCAACACGGAAGCGCAUCCUGUCGACCCGGGAAUGCUGGAUUGUUGUAGUAUUCAAGCGAGACGGGAGCAUGAGAGUGAGAAGAAAGAGAUUAACAAUGGAGAUCAUCACGAGAAGAGGGAACUGACAGAGUCCGGAGGAGAGAAAUACUAUGAGAAUCAGUACGGAAAAAAAGAGGAAUUGAUCGGUUUCGAGGUGGACGAAGAGAUGAAAAAGGAGGCGGAGAGACUGAAAGCAGAACAGGAAGAGAAGAGAAAGAAGGAACACUCGAAGAAAGCGAUGGACAAAGUACGGGCGGUGCUGCUGAAAGCUCAUCAGAAGGAUGAGCUGAAACAAAGGAGUGGUGAGACGGGCGACACGGCGAGACAGCUGAUGAACCAGUUGCUGAAGGCGUAUCCGAACCAUACGAACGAGCUGAACACACUGAACAGAGAGUCGAUGAUUGAGUUGGCAGAUCUGCAACAUUUGGAGGAGAUUCGGGAAAUCGUCCGCGACAUUCCGAUUCCAGACGUCUUCUGCGAAGGGUGUUGCUUUCCACUGCACGAGAUUGUUGAUUCGGUCACGUUGAGAGUGCUCAUGGCCGAUCUGUACGAGUAUCAUUUUUAUCCGAAAAGAAAGGUAUAGCAGUCAUUGAAUGUUCUGUCACUUCUGAACAAUCUUGGUUUAGACAAAGUUCCACCACGGCCCGGUGUGCUGGAAGGAGGAAACUCCGCGCAUCGAAGACGAUUACAAGAAUGAGCCGCCGAGCAUUCAUUCGGACAAAUGGCAUGGUCAACAGUACGACAACGAGCGGGUCGUUCUCAGCGAUUUCAUCGGAGACAACGACGUCGAGGCGAUCCGAAAGUACGGAUUCAAAGAACUUCUCUCGCCGGGAUUCCGAUUCUUGGACACAUUCACGGGCGGCCACAAUAUCGCUUUGAAGCGAAAGUCUUCGUGGUACUAUCGAACGAGUGGUUGA